AUGUCGACGUUUGCUCGCGCAUUCCCCAAUGUAAAGAGGAUCUGCUUACGUCAAGUCACUGCCACCCUUCCUUCGCGGGCAGAUGACAUGUGCUGGUCGCAUCUGGACUUCCUUGAUAUGGGGAACGUUGAAUUUCGACAUCCUUGGAUAGUGACUUGCAAAGUCCGACACCUAGUUUUGCACCUUCAUCGUGCGGUCGGAUCGCCGAAGGCCCCGGUGUCUGUGAUACAAAACGCCAUGCCCGUCGUGCUUGAGCUGGAGAUCAACUUGCAGCUGAAUGCCAAGUUCUGGAAGAGGGUGGCCCUUGUUGCUACACGACUGCGGUAUUUGAUCAUUAUUCUCAAGUGGGACGAGGAGUCCUCCUUGGAUGAGUACUCUCGAACACUUAAGGGCUGGAAGUCGGAAUUGCCUGCCUUCAUGCAUGCACUGAAGAUCAGUUGCUUGCGAAUCUGCUGCCCAUCUCCGUUUCCUGCCGCUCAAGAUAUUUUGCAAGACGUGCCUCAGGCCUUGAAACACGUGAUUCCGACCCUGUGUUACGUAGCCUUGGAACACCACCAUUCAUCAGCGCAUAGCGACUGGUAUGACGGUCGUUAUGACGGGUGGCAAUCUGAAAGCACGUGGUGGCGUAUCACGACAGUUGGGAAUGAUAAGUCACACUCGAAGGUGGCAACUGAUAUCGGUGAAAGGGUCGAUGCCUAUAUGAAGUCUGCUGAAUUCGAAUCUUCUCUGGCUCUGUAG